AUGCGUCGCGUAGACCCGGUUGAGCCUGUUGAGGUAGCUGUCGACUCUUGUUCUGCUGGGGGUGCUGAGCCUGGGGGUGCUGAGCCUGGGAGUGUGGAGCCUGGGGGUGUGGAGCCUGGGGGUGUGGAGCCUGGGGGUGUGGAGCCUGGGGGUGUGGAGCUUGAGGGUGCUGAGCUUGGGGAUGUGGAGCCUCGUGGUGCUGAGCUGCGGAGUUCGGAGUCUGGGGGUUCUGAGUCUGGAGCUGCUGCUGGUGCUGAGGACCCGGGCGUUGGAGCUGCUGCUGGUGCUGAGGACCCGGGCGUUGGAGCUGCUGUUGGUGAUGAGGACCCAGGCGUUGGAGCUGCCGCUGGUGCUGAGGACCCGGGCGUUGGAGCUGCUGCUGGUGCUGAGGACCCGGGCGUUGGAGCCGCUGCUGGUGCUGAGGACCCGGGCGUUGGAGCUGCUGCUGGUGUUGAGGACCCAGGCGUUGGAGCUGCCGCUGGUGCUGCGGACCCGGGCGUUGCAGCUGCUACUGGUGCUGAGGACCCGGGCGUUGGAGCUGCCGCUGGUGCUGAGGACGUGGGCGCUGGAGCUGCUGCUGGUGCUGCGGAUCCUGGUGCGGGUGUCCCUGCUGGCCCUGGUGUCGCUGCUCGGUCUCGGCCGUACUUUGUUCCGCUCCUUCAGCAUGUUCUUGGUCAGCUUCCUCCUCCUUUUCCUCCUCCCUCCUUAGCGUGUCCUCCGCCUGUCCAGCUGGAGUCGGCGUUACCGUCUGCCUCCUUUCUCCCUGGUCCUACUCCUUACACUGGUCCGACUGGAGGUCUUACUGAGCGGCGUGAGCCUGCGUCUCGUCCUGCGUCGCCUGAGUCUCGUCCUGAGUCGCCUGUCCGCACUGCUCUUUCUAGUAGUCGAGUCCAGCGUCAGCGUCUUCCUGCUGUCCCAGGCACUCACCGGAUGGCGCUUCGUCCGUCCACUGCUCCACAGCGUGCCACACUGCCGUCUCCUCCUGCUUCCUCUCUUCCUGCUCUUGCUGACCCUGGGUCAGACUCUCUUCGUGCUACUAGUCCGACUGUCACGCGUCUCCUGGCUACUGUUGUCACUGACCCUUCCUUUGAGUCUGCUGCUGCGUCUGCCUUAGUUGCUGAGCUUGUCGACUUUGCUACUCGCCGUCCUCUAGACUACGCUGCUAGCCUAGUUGCUGAGUCUGAGUCUGUCUGUCCUCCGUCCGUCGGGGGUGAGUGUGCUCUUGGCACUGACGUCCUUGAGGACAGGCAGGAGGAGUUUGAGUGCUUUGCUGCCGCUUUGCCCCAUCUCGUGUCCAUGCUUGUUGCCCCUGAGGGAGACCCGGAUGCACCACACAUCCCGACCCCACGCUCUUACGCAGAGGCGAUGGCCGGUCCCUACUCCUCUCAGUGGCAGUCAGCCAUGGACACAGAGAUGGCUUCCUGGAAGUCCACAGGCACCUACGUCGACGAGGUUCCCCCACCUGGGGCGAACAUCGUCAGUAGCAUGUGGAUUUUCAGGGUGAAGCGGCCGUCGGGCUCUCCGCCGGUCUUCAAGGCGCGUUACGUUGCACGAGGCUUCAGUCAGCGAGAGGGAGUUGACUUCUUCCAGACCUUCUCCCCGACCCCGAAGAUGACCACUCUUCGGGUUCUGCUGCACGUCGCCGCUCAGCGUGACUACGAGCUCCACUCGCUUGACUUCAGCACUGCUUUCCUACAGGGCAGCCUGCACGAGGAGAUCUGGCUGCGCCGUCCACCUGGCUUCACUGGGUCGUUCCCUCCUAGUACCUA